AUGGGUUAUCGCAAGGGAUUCGAACGAGCGAAUCGAGAUAGAACUCGUAAAUUAUCAUAUUUGAGGCCUUCUAUUUUCAUCACGACUAUCGAUAGCAUGCGGUUCGUUGGUCUUUUCUGCUACUCUUCUCUUCUACUGCUACGAUGUUUUCGAAACUGCAAAGCUGGUACACCUCUUCACUGGGUUCCACCACCGCCAGAAGAAUGGAGCAACUUGGAAAUUGGAGUGAAAGUCAAACGAUUCUGGGAAUUAGAAUGGUCUAAAAGCACAUAUCUCAAAGAAUGCUCCGAACACGUGCUUCAAGUGGUACCAGUGUACUUCUGGACCGGUGAACGAGUUGAUUUACCGUGUCAUAUGUGCGAAUUGGCAAUGGCUUACAAUGGGAAGGUCAAGUACUGGGCAAAAGUUGACGAUAUCACCGAGUUCCUCAAGGCUCCACAGCUAAACGUGAUAUCUAGAAAGGAUCUGUACAGAAUCAUACGGAACGACGAGGAAGUGGACGAUGUGAUGAAUUCUAACGCUCCGAGCAAGUCAACGCAUUUCGACAUGCCUCGACUUGCAGUUGGGUCAAAUGGAGCAACAAUUCAAAUGCCAUCUCCAGUGUAUCUUCAAAGGGAUGGAAAGCUUUCUAUCAUAAGGGCUAGUCCCGCUUCUCAAGGAGUAUAUUUUUGUUUUGAUGAGCUAUCAACGGGAAUCACAAAUCUAUUCUAUGUGCUACUCGCGAUGGUGCCACCGGUUUCGAUAUUUGAUAGCGAACAUCUUUCUGAGGAACAGAAAAACAAUUAUGGCAAUGAUUGUAGCAAUGUUGAUUCCAAACACAUUCUACCAUCCAUCAAUUGGCGAUUUCAUUACCAACCGACCUUUCAUGACAAGAAACCUUCAAGUUGUACCAAGGGAACGCUGUGCUACGAUUACAAGACCAUGCCUGUCAAAGUUGAGCAUCAACGCGGAAACCACACGAAGCCAUGCACACUUGAAGGAUGCAGCGUACGAGUGCCUCCGGUUGAAAUGCCGAAUUCGCUUUAUGAUCCUGGACUUGACAUUGAAUUGCGAUGGGAAGCAUGGACAAGCUGUGAAGGAAAUGUUCGAGCUCAGCGGAGAGAAGCUCACUGCUUUAUUGUAGCCAGGCACGGAUUUACUGUUGAUGAGGAUUUAGAAGAUGUUGUUUCUCACAUUGAAGAAUUUAAGUGGAUUGUAAAACUAGGACAGUUAGUGCACUCCGAUGCAUUCAGAAAGAAAGGUGUGCGUCUAUACAGUUCCUCCGUUUGGUCUUCUCUUUAUCGUAAAGAUUUAUUGACAGGAUGUGGAGAAGUUGAAGAAGGGAUAUUGAUUGCAGCUGAUGAUGUGUGGAGAAAGUAUUUUCUUGCACCAAUGGGUGUUGUUACAACGAAUGGAAAACAUUUAAAAAGAGAUGAGGAUAUCAAAUUCCGUCUGCAGAAUCCUUUCCAAGCAUGUUUAAGAUACGAGAAAUCGGCGGAAACAAACGAACUGCUCGUGGGCACUUACAUGGUUGAAACGCGUGACUGCGCAUGA